AAUUAAAUGGGGCCAUAUCUAAGCUAACCAAAAAGAGAUAAAACAACAACAGCUGGAUAAGGAAAGUCUGUUAUAUUUGCUGCCUCAGAAAUGCAAGGUAUGGUGUAUAUGGAAUAUUUUAGGCUGGAGGAACACAAUGGAGGAUGCUCAUAUUCAUCGACCUGAUAUUGUACAAGAUGUCUCUGUUUUUGGUGUUUUUGAUGGACAUGGAGGUAGGGAGGUUGCCUAAUAUGUGGAGAAGCACUUUGUGGAAGAGUUACUGAAAAAUAAAAACUUUAAGGAACUCAAAUUCGAGGAGGCUCUUAAAGAAACAUUUUUAAAGAUGGACGAAUUGUUGAUGACUCCAGAUGGGUAAAAGGAAUUAAAUUAAUACAAAGCAACUGAUACUGAUGGUAAAUUCUUAUUAGAUUUUUAGAAUCUUAUGCCGGAUGCACUGCCAAUGUAGCCUUGAUUUAUAAGAAUACUCUGUAUGUUGCCAAUGCUGGCGAUUCAAGAUCAGUUUUAUGCAGAAAUAAUUCUAAUUUCGACAUGAGCGUUGAUCAUAAGCCAGAUAAUCCCGAGGAGAAAUCCAGAAUUGAGAGAGCAGGUGGUUUCGUUAGUGAUGGUCGAGUUAAUGGUAUUAAUUUAUAAAUGAAUCAUAGGUAACUUGAAUUUAUCGAGAGCUUUGGGAGAUUUGGAAUAUAAACGUGACAACAAGUUAAGAGCUAAUGAAUAAUUGAUUAUCGCCCUUCCAGAUGUUAAGAAAACGGAAUUGACACCAUAAGACAAGUAUAGAUUAAACUAGCAAUUUAGAUUUAUCUUAAUGGGUUGCGAUGGUGUCUUUGAAACUUUGAGUCAUCAAGAGUUGUUGAAGCAAGUCAACUCAACUAUUGGUUAAGCCUAAGUGACUGAGGACUUGUUGAAAAAGGCUGCUGAAGAUUUAUUGGACUAAUUAUUAGCUCCAGACACAAGUCAAGGAACCGGCUGUGACAACAUGACAACCAUCCUAGUCUAUUUGAGGAGAUGAAAAAGAAUAUAAAAACAACAUUUAUGUAAUAU